AUGGAGGAAGAUCGAAUGGGUAUGAGCGUUUCGGGUGAUGUGGCCGAAAUCAGGAAGGACGAAAAAGGUUUAAUCGGUGUUUCGAUUGGUGGUGGCGCUCCAUUAUGUCCGUGCUUAUACGUCGUGCAAGUUUUCGACUGUUCACCAGCCGCCCUCGAUGGACGUAUCAAGGCUGUGAAGGGCGAGAAGAAACUGGCUGUAGCAGCUAUGAUUCAGAAAUCGGACAGUAUCGUUCGAAUCGGUUUCAACGUCCUUCACGCUGAUCCUCAACAGGGUCGUACCUUGGACAUAGCGCUGAAGAAA